UGCAUUCAUGUAAAUGAUGUGUGAGCUCCAGCGGCGCCGCUGUAGGCCACAGCCUAUCAGACUUCAGUGCUGGAACUUGUUUACAUGGAAACCUCGGGAGGAAGCGGCAACCUUUUCCCCGUAACAUCCUCGGUCAACAUAUGGUUUGAAGGAAAGACAGAAACAACGACUGGCCUUUAUUAUGGCACCCACGAUAGAAGCGGUGGACGUGACGUAUUUUUUUCCGAGUACAAUACGGUUCAGAGCAGGAUGUCAGCCAGAGGAGGAAAGAAGAAAGCCACCAAGCUGUCCCGUUCAGCCAGGGCGGGUGUCAUCUUCCCUGUGGGGAGGAUGAUGAGGUACUUGCGCACCGGCACACACAAAUACCGCAUCGGUAUGGGGGCACCGGUCUACAUGGCAGCAGUCAUCGAGUACCUGGCAGCUGAGAUUUUGGAGUUGGCAGGAAACGCAGCACGUGAUAACAAGAAGGGCAGAAUAACUCCCAGACACAUCAAGCUUGCUGUGGCCAAUGACGAGGAGCUCAACCAGCUUCUGCGGGGGGUGACCAUAUCAAAUGGAGGAGUUCUCCCUCGGAUCCACCCAGAGCUGCUUUCUAAGAAGAGGGGAGGCCGGGUCAAAGUUGACAGCCAGGCCUCCGUCCCUGAGAAACAGGAAGAGCGUUCAAAGAGCAAGAAACCCGUCAAGUCCUUGAAAAAGGUUAAAGGCAAACGAGGACGCAAGCCAAAGAGCACAGACAACGAGGCCAUACCAAACUCCACGGUGGAAGACGGUCCUGGAGAUGGCUUCACUAUCCUGUCAGCAAAGAGCCUGUUCCUGGGACAGAAGCUUUCACUAACAGAGAGCGAAAUCAGCAAAAUUGGAACAAUAAAGGUGGAGGGGAUAAUUAACCCGACAAACGCGGAGAUGGACCUCAAAGACGGAGUGGGCAACGCCUUGGAGAAAGCCGGAGGCCGAGAGUUCCUGGAGGGAGUGAAGGAGCUGCGAAAAGCACAGGGACCUCUGGAGGUGGCAUCAGUGGCAGUGAGCCAGGCCAGUGGGAUGGCAGCACGCUUCAUCAUCCACUGUAACGUCCCCCAGUGGGGGUCGGAUAAGUGUGAGGACCAGCUAGAGAAGACUGUGAAGAACUGCCUCUCAGCAGCGGAGGAGAAGAAGCUCAAGUCCGUGGCUUUCCCUUCACUUCCUGCUGGACGGAAUGGAUUCCCAAAGCAAACGGCCGCCCAGCUCAUCCUCAAGGCCAUCUCCAACCAUUUUGUGUCGUCCACCAGCUCGUCUCUGAAAAACAUUUACUUUGUUCUGUUUGACAGUGAGAGCAUUGGAAUAUAUCUUCAGGAAAUGGCCAAGCUGGACGCCAAGUGAGGAUUAUUGUUUUGGGGUUUUGUUUUGUUUUGGUUUUUUUUUUUUUUGGGUUUUUUUUUAACUGUUGUUUGUUGCAGGUGGUGUAGAUAGGUGAUAUGACGUUAGGGAUUUCGAUGUGGAAUGUGUCUUGGUUAAAGAGGAAAAAAAAAAACAACCAAUAUUUGUGAGUGGAGUGCUGUUCACAUUUUUGUUCCACUGUCCCUUCUUUUUAGAUUAGAUAAUUUAAAUGCGUACAGUUUGCCAUUAUGGUUCCUUGUUUCAAUGAUGUUUUUACAUUCCAUGUACAAAUAUAACAGAUUUUUUUCCCCCCCUGGCUUCUGUAGUUUCUGAUACAGUUAGUUUACUAAAAACUGUGGUUCUCAUUCUGCUUUGAAAUAAAAACUCAGAUGUUUUACACCAGA